AGUUUAAAAGACAAACUAACAGGAAUAGACCAAAAAGGUGGAAACUAUACACAUGUACGCUGGAAACACGAUCUGUAAUAUAUACAGACGCUUUCUAAUAGUGAUAAAGGAAAUAACUGGAGAUAUAACAGCUAUUCAAGUAUAUACACACAAAAGAGAAUAACAUAAGCACAUUGAUAAACGUGUAACUAACUUCCCAGAAUAAUAUUAUAUAUCCAAAAUAAACAAAUAUGGAAAAGAUAAGAAUCAACUUCUGCUCAAGUAAUAAACAUAAAUACAGAGAAGUGGCAGCAAUACUGGGAGAUCAGUUUGAUCUCAUACAUAGACCCGUAGAAGUGCCCGAAAUACAAGGAGAAGCACGAGAUAUACUGAUGAGGAAACUAGCAGAUGCAUACGCAGUGGUCAAGGAACCAUGCAUAGUAGAAGAUGUAUCGCUCUGCUUCAAUGCAUUCAACGGGUUACCAGGACCGUACAUAAAGGACUUCCUUACAAAAAUGGGAUCCAAUGCACUAUAUAAAGCACUGGAAAACUUCGAAGAUAAAACGGCAAGCGCAAUUUGUACAAUAGGAUAUGCGGAUGAAAAUGUAAUUGAAAUAUUCCAAGGAAUUGUCAAGGGGAAAAUAGUGGAACCAAGAGAAAAGGAAGCUUUCGGGUGGGAUGGAAUAUUUGAAGUAGACGGAACAGGGAAAACAUAUAAUGAAAUGGGAGAAGAAGAAAAAAACAAAAUAUCACACAGGUUCCAUGCCGUAAAUAAACUUAAAAACUACAUCAUGGAACUACACAAAAAGUGAUAUGGACCAACACAUUUUUGCCAAUGUGUGGCAUUAUAACUAAUGACACAUUAAUACGUAGUACGUAUA